CAUCAGCGUGCCCGACCUGACCACUGUGUUCGUAGUACGCUACUAAUUUUGCGUGAUUUGGAAUGAAACUAUUUUUGUUUCAUAUUAUCCAUGUAAACAGUGAGCUCUGAUACUGUGUGAUCAAUAUGAAGCAUUUGGUUCGGAUGAUCAUAUUUUUUUAAAUAGAAAAUCCACCACGCUAUGGACUAAAACGAAGCCUCAAAAGAACAUCUACACUUUCAGUAUCGAAACAACCAACCACAAAAUGGAGCCGAAGAAAAUGGGGAGAGCAAACGUUCUUCGGUGAAACAAGAGCUAGCAACGUUUGGAUACGAUAAUUCCUACAGCAGCUAUUCAACACCCUCACCAUCUCCAGCAACCAUAAAUCAACCCUUACCCGGGCAACCACCAUUGCCUCCUAUGCCUCCUCCACCUGGUACACUGCCACCUCCGCCACAUGUAUUUGGACCAGUUCACUCUCAAGUUACACCCAUGCAACCUUGGUCACAUCCUCCUCCUCCGUGGCAAUGGAUGACCCCCCAGACUCCUCCACUACCUCAACAAUCAGCUCGUGAUUUAACGCCAAAUAAUUUCCAAAGAGAUAUGCCACUACGAAAUAACUAUAUUAGGAGAGAUAGAUUCACUCACAAUAGAAACAAUAUUUACAACCAGAGGAAUAAUUUUCAUCGAAAGAACAGAAGGCAUCCCCGAUAUGAUCCAUCUCAUGGACAGUUUGAUCAAACUUCAUAUUUUGGGCCGACGGUACCUAUUGCAAUAGGCCUUGAUUGGCAAAGGAACAGUUACUCGGCAAAUCCAUCGGUUCAUCCUGCUGAUGGCCUUAUCAAUCAUAUUUCAGUUGCCAUUCAAAAUCACCAAAUACCACAGUCAAGCUUACCACCUGGAGUUUCUCACGGUUCAAUUAAUAGACACAUGGAAGAAUCCGGCGAUCAGGACAUUAAAAUUGUUUCUGAAGAAGUUGUUGUUAAGAAGAAUAAACAGCGAAAGCCAAUGUCGCAAAGUUACCCAAGUCGUCCAUGGAAUCGUGAAGAUGCUGAAAGAGCAUUGCAAAUAGAAAACGAGUACAACAAGACUGUUAAAGCACAAAGUUUGAUCAUAAAAUUUCCGGAUCCCGACCUCAACAAAGACAUUGUUAGAGAGUUCCAUUCGGGUAUACAGAAUAUACACUUUCAGAGUCCCAGCGGGCCGCGAUACUGUUUCAUUCAAAUGGCAGAAGAUGUGAAUAUCGAUGACGCUAUUAAAGAAUUGGAGAAAAUACCGUUUGGUGUAGGCCGUCUAAAAGUUGAGCGGAAAUCGUUGAGAGAUGAGGAUAACCCGACCCCGGAAGAAAUAGAUCCUUAUACAUUGUACAUUGGAAAUCUUCCAGAAUCUGUUAAUGUUAAUGAAGUGAAAACCAAGUUUCCCUCUGCUGCCCGGGUCGAUGUUGGUUAUGCGCAGAAAAUGAGAAACACACGAUAUGCGUUCAUCCGAUAUAACAGCGUCGAGGAAUCAAUAUCUGCCUAUAAACAAGCCCACGAUUUGAUGUGGGAUACUCGUAGUAUAAUAGUUAGAUUUAGAAGACAGCGUGGAAAUACUUGCCUUCCUGGAGAACCAAAACCUAAUUUGAAAAAAGUAAAAGAAGAGCCUGGUACCUCAUCUCAAGUCAAGAAAGAACAAUCGUUAAGCUCUAAUGUACCAAUUCAAAAAAAGUCGAUUGUUGAGCAGAACAAUCACACAAAGCUACCAACAAAUACUGUCCAAGAGAAGAGUCGUGAUUUACAAUUAGAAACUGUCAAUUCAUCCCCAUUUUCAGAACCCUCAUCGACGGUUCCAGUACCUGUUGCCUCUGCUAAGGCAACGAACCAGUGUAUGCCACAACCGUGGACAAUGCAACCAACACAAACAUCACCGCUCUCAGAGGCUGUUACUGUGAUGCCUCUGGAAACCGGUCAAACAGAUGAACAAGAAUUGCUGAUAGAAAUCAAGGAAGAACCUGAAGACUAUGACGAGAUGGAAAUGCAAGAUGAUGCCCAGAUAGAAGAUGAAAUGGAUGACGAUGACGAUGAGGAAGAAGAUGAUGACUCUGACGAUGAUGAAGAAGAUGCGGACAAUGAUGAAGAAGAAGAUGAAGAAGAUGAAGAAGAAGAAGAAAUUGAUGACACUGAGACUUUGCCUGAUGAUGAUAAGCAGAAUGUAACUAAGGAGGAUGAACCUGUAGAUCAUUUGGAUCAAAUGUUCAACGAUUUAGAAAAUAUGGCUGGUGAUAUUGUCUUGUAGAGCUUACAACAAGAAUUUCUACGUAAAUGUUUCUGGAAGAGAGGGAUCUCGCGUGCCAUUUGCUUUCUACAUGCUAUAAUUAUUUGUAAAUACUUUUUAUUGUGUGUAUGAUGUCGAUGAAUUAGUAUAGUAUGUUAUGCAUCAUGGUUUUACCAACUGACUACACCAUUAAUGAAUCUACUGUAAGAUUAAUUAUUUAUAAUUUAAAACAAUGGUUUACUUUAUUUUUCAAGAUCUCAUUUUAAACUUUA